AUGGGUACCGGAAAGAAGGAAGCCACCCGUCGUGAGCGUCAAGGCAAGACCGGCGAUGGCCUUGGUAACGUGCGGGUCAAGGGCGAGAACUUCUACCGAAAUGCAAAAAAGGUCAAGGCUCUGAGCAUGUACAAGGAGGGUAAGGUGCAGAGAAACGCAGAUGGGCAGAUUACCAAGGCUGCGUCAUACCAGUCUCGUGAUAUCCCCAACGCCCGGAUCGAGCCGAAUCGCAAGUGGUUUACCAAUACUCGGGUUGUCUCUCAGGAUACCCUAAAGGCAUUCCGCGAAGCCAUGGCGGAGAAGGCCAACGACCCGUACCAAGUUCUCCUGAAGUCCAACAAGCUGCCCAUGAGCCUCAUUCGCGACGGUCAGGACACCAACGGCAUCAAACAACAUAAAGCCAAAAUGACCGUCGAGAGCUCUCCAUUCGCCGACACCUUCGGUCCAAAAGCACAACGCAAGCGCGUCAAGCUUGGUGUGAGUUCACUAGAGGAUCUCGCCGACGACACAGAGAAGAGUAUGGACUCGUACCAGGACCGUCUGGAACAAGCAAAGCUCCUCAGCGGUCAAGGCGGCGACGACGAACAGGUCCCCAUGGCCAUCGAGCCCGUUUUCGACAAGGGGCAGAGCAAGAGGAUUUGGAAUGAGCUCUACAAGGUCAUUGACUCCUCAGACGUCGUGAUUCAUGUUCUCGAUGCCAGGGACCCCAUUGGCACUCGUUGUAGGAGCGUUGAGAAAUAUCUCAAGGAGGAAGCGCCCCACAAGCACUUGAUCUUCGUCUUGAACAAGUGCGACUUGGUCCCUACGAGCGUUGCGGCUAGUUGGGUGCGCAAACUUUCUAAGGAGUACCCUACGCUCGCGUUUCAUGCAAGCAUCACCAACUCCUUCGGUAAGGGGUCAUUGAUACAGUUGCUUCGGCAGUUCUCGAGUUUGCAUUCAGACAGGAAACAAAUAUCGGUGGGGCUCAUUGGCGGCCCCAAUACCGGAAAGUCUUCCAUCAUCAAUACGCUGCUCAAGAAAAAGGUCUGCAACGUUGCACCUAUACCUGGAGAGACCAAGGUCUGGCAGUACGUCAGCCUUAUGAAGCGCAUAUACCUCAUCGACUGCCCGGGUGUGGUACCACCCUCGAGCACGGAUACGCCAACGGAUCUCAUUCUCCGUGGUGUCGUCCGCGUUGAGAAGGUGGAACAUCCGGAGCAAUACAUCAGCGCCGUGCUGAGCCGGGUGAAGCGUCAUCACAUGGAGAAGACUUAUGAGCUAAAGGGUUGGGGAAAUGCCACUGAGUUGCUGGAGCUGCUCGCCAGGAAGAGCGGCCGCCUGUUGCGGGGUGGUGAGCCGGACCUAGAUGGCGUCGCGAAGAUGGUCCUGAAUGAUUUCAUGCGGGGCAAGAUCCCAUGGUUCACGCCGGCACCAAGGGACUCGGACAACGAAGAUACUCCGGAUGGACGCAGCGGGAAACUCGGGGAGAUGCCGAGAAAGCGGCCCGCGGAUACCACUGUCGAUCCCGCCGUCUCGCCGUCUGUGGACGACGAUGGCGACAGAGGCGAUGAGCCUUUCGAAGGCUUCGACAGCGAUGUCGAUAUCGAGGGGGAGGACGGAGAGAUUUCCGGUGGGGACGCAACUGGGCCAUCGAGCAGCCACGAGACUGCCAUCAUCAAGUCGGCCAAUACAGGGCGGCGGCAUGACGGAUCGCAGCCAGCAAAGAGGUUGCGCCAAUGA